AUGCGAGGUCGAUUCCUCAAUAUCGAUUACUUCUCUACUCCACCUUCUCUAGUAUAUGAAACCCUAGGAUUCCUCCAUCUUCAAGCUCCUGAUAAUUUCCCGGCACCUCUCUUCCGCGACCGGGAAGAUGACCUUCUUCGAUUUGGACCUGUUGAAGAUUUCUGUCUCCCGAUCGAGAAUUUGCCUAUUGAACCUGCUUUGUCGAAGUUCCUCUCCGACGUGGUUCCCGAUCGCGUCAGUGUGAACUAUGGAGCUUUCGAAAUGGAUGGCUCUUCCCUCGGAGACAAGCUUAAGCUCUUUGGGUGCGAAGAUCCUCAGUUCCUCGAGAAGAAUGAUGGAGAUGCCCUUGAGGAGAAAGCUACACUAAAUUUUAACAUUAUCCAGAUGGAGACUCCGGAGUUGGUGGAUUUCGAAAUGGAGGAGAAUCUCUCAUCCAAGUUAGAGGAUCUCCAAUGUUUCUCUGAAGUUCUAGAGAUCGAAAAUGAGCCGGUUAAAUUUGAGGAGUCAGAUGUUAUCCUGCAGAAUUCACAUGACAUCCAACAAAAGAUUUAUUCUGUUGAUUACAUUUCUUCUGAUUACUUCACAGAGAACAAUACUUCGGUAACAGAAGAUGAUUGCUCCCGCAAGAAUCGACCGUGGUUCAGAGAUGCCAGAUUUCCCCUUCUAGAAGUGGAUGAAGAAAACUUGAGCGUAUUGCCAAGCUUAUCUAUGCUUGAUAAAGUAUUUACUGUUCUUGAAACAAUUGAACCCCAAGACACGAAUGCAGAGGGUUCUCUCGUUAUCAACUCAAAGGAGCUUAUAGGCUCUAUGGAUUAUGAUCUAUUGGAUAUCCUCUCUACGGAUUGCUAUUCUAACAAGAGUGUCCAAUCUGAUAUAGUGAAUAUCCUGGAAAUAUCAAGCUAUGAGGAAAACUUUCAGUUUGAACAGGGAAAGGUGGCUGUUGAUUAUGACUUUACCACGGUCCCGGUAACUUUUGAGGAAUUUCAGAUUCUGGAUGUGGAGAUAUCUGAUGUUUUUGAUAUCUUCCUUUGUCUUGAGAAAGCCAUUGAACCAGAAAAAUGUUCCGGGAUGUUCAGUGAAGAGAUGAACUUCAAGGACUUCGAUGAAUUAGUUGUCAGUUCUGAACUUGCCUUCACAGAUGAUGCCUUCAAGUCUAUGCCUACACCUCUUUUAUAUGAUUAUGAGCUGACAAGAUCCCUGGAAGUCAUUUAUGCGGAUGUUUUGUCGAAGAUCAAGCCUCAAUCCUUGUCUGCAUCAAAUGACAUAUACUUGCCCUGGAACCUUCUUGAGGAAACAAAGCACAACCAUGAAGCCACUUUCUGUGAUUAUCCGUCUGAAGAAAUAGUUACAUGCAUCAUUGAUUAUAAUUUGGAACCUAUAGAAGGAGACAAAUGGGUUUAUGAUUUCGUUUUCUCUGAAGAUGCUUUUUGCGAGCCACUUGUAGAGAGAUGCACUGAACCUGUCUAUGGUAUAUCUACACUUGAUGAGCAUCCUCAUGUUAAUACUUCCCAUGGGUUAUUGGAAAACCCUUUUCCUCAAACAGGAGCCGAGGAUUGUGGAGGGGAUGAUAAUGCUAAGAAGGCUGCGCUGUUGUUCAAAUCAAUGUCUGCUUUUGAUGACUUAAGCUUUUUCAUGGAUCCUAAGAAGGCUGUGACGGAAGAGAAUCUCGAGUCUAGAGUCGAAGCUGCUAAGACUGCCAACCAUAAGACUAAUUCUAUUGACUCGAAGUCUUCAUGUAUAUCUGGUGGCAUGCACCCAAACCCGAAGACAGAGGAUCUGAUACUUCACAGUGUGCGCCCAUCAGAAACUAUUCUGGCCCUUGUCAGGGACUUUGAGAAGAGCUAUUUAACUCUUGUGAAGGAUGAACCAGAGUUGAUCUCAUCUUUAUCAGAAGAUAAACAUAAAUUACUCAGCAUAUCGAAAGGAAAGCUUAUCGACUGCAUAAGAAAAGCAAACGUCCACAACACACAGUUGGCGGAUGAUAAGACUUUCACGUUUGCGUUACUAAUAGCGAUUAAACAUAUGACAUGGUAUAUGUGUUUCUUUGGUAUCCAUGUGGCAUAUCUCUAUCUGAACAAGUUACGUCGGAGCUCGAAUCCCAUGAAGCUAGGAUUGCACACGCUCUAUUCAUCAGUUGAAUCAGAACACAUGUCAACUGAGACAGACAUCACAAGAUCGCAUCCAGCCUUCGCUGUUAUCCAGGGGAUUUUACAGUCAGAAUUUGUCCAGAGGAAUUCCAAAGCGUUACUUGUGGCUGAUAAAGUUUUCUGGUCCUCGCUGAAGAGGCUAUUGGUGACCAUGGGGUUAUCGUACAAUGAGCUCAACAGUCCGUUCCCAAGUGGAAAUCAACCGAAUGUUAAUGAAACAACGGAGUUUAAAUCUACAGAUCUUGGUUUCCUGCCGACUUCAGACUGUUUCCUUGUCUCUUACGAGAACAUUUCUCCAUCUUUUCCUCUGCAGAAUUUCAGCGUCAUUGUAGAAUAUGGAGGUCCAAAUGCCUCGCCCAGAGUCUCUUCUCCUUCAAAGAUGGAUUUCUUUCCUUGCUUCCAUUUCAUAAAAGUGGAGCUGGAUAUGUCCAGUGCGUGUGGUCAACUCUCCGCAGGUGUUGCAGAACCUUAUAGUAUCAAUAUGAUAAAGGGAGACGAAUUUGAGACGAAAACUGGGUGGUUGGAAGAAGUGUUGAACUUUGUUCCCCUUGAAAGCGCGUGUUCCGCAGGAUCUUCAGAAACUACCAAGGAAUCUGAAUUUGUCUUCAUGCCUCAAGAAUCUGGAAGAAAAAGUGGGAUAACUGAACAGGGAGUUCUCUCUGAACAAAGAGGUGUGAUUGUAGUGAACACAAAAUCUGUUGAUAAGGAGAUGAUCAUAUCCAGAAGAAGUACAUACCAGAAGGUGUUGGGAAUGGAAAAAGGAGGAGUGCAAGUUGUGGAGCGCGAUUCAGAUCUACCUGUGGACCUGAUGCUAAGUCCUGCGAUUUGCCUACUCUGGUACGAUUGUGGAAAUGUUAGUAAAAAGUCGGCUGCAACUAUGGGUGCUUCCUCAGGCUCACUUUCAUGGAUUGGGGAUAUUGCAACCAAUGUUUUGACGUCAUUGAGUUUCAGUUUCAGCAGCUGCAUAAUGGUUUUUGAGGGGGAACCCACCUGCCUGGCUACAGUAAUGGACUCUUCUGAUGAACUGUAUGCAGCAGCUGGUAGCCUGGGAAUCAGUUUACAGAUCUUUUGCUCAUCGUCAGCUGAUUUAACUGACGAAAUCAUAUUAAGGUGUAUCAAAUCUUCUGUUAAAUCAUCCCAAGUCCAUGCCAAAAUGCCUGAAUCAGAGUCUCUUGCAGAAUCUUUUCUCACCAAAUUUCCUUCAGUUAAUCCGCUUACCGCUCAAGCAAUUCUGUCAUCCGCUGGGUCACUUCUCGAGUUCAUGAAGCUCCCGCAGAGUAGCAAGGUUCAAAUGAUGCAAAAGUAUCAUGUGCCUGAAGAGAGUGUUGAUCUAUUCAGCUCACUAUGCAGAUACGGUGCGAGGGAGGACUCAAAAUCUGUAAUGACAGACAGCUCUUCUUCAGUAUCUUCUGGACCUGACUCAGACACACACCAUAUCAGUGUUCACUCUGGUUCGAAAAAGAAACGGCACAUUUCUGGGAAAGAUGAGAUAGAUAUGGACGACUUGGUCAAUUUUGCUCCCUCGACAGAAUUUGCUGAUACGAAGCUCAAGCCUUCAGUGGAUUUCGAGCUUGAUGAUUCUUGGUCAUCUAGAGAGAACGAGAUAUUUCAUUUUGACCCUGUCACUGAAUUCUCCGAUUCACCCUUUAAACCUUCUGGAAUCAUUCAGCCUAAUGACUCUUGGCCAUCUAAAGAUCCUGAGAGAUUAAACAAGAAGUCAGGACCUGGUUCGUCAUCAAAGGAAAAGUUUUGGGAAAAGGAUUUUGAAGUGGAGGACAAUCUUCCUGGAUUCGAAAGUUGGAAUUUCCCUGUUAACGACAACUUCAUGAGCCAGAACAGAGGAGACAAAUUUCCUGUGAUGGGAAAUCGAAACUUGCAUGACAUUGCAGACUACAAAGGCGAAGUUAUCAACAUAGAGGAUAAUAAGUUUCUUGAUGAAGAUUUCCCGCCUUCUCCUGGUUACAAUAGGUAUUCUCCAAUAGUUUGUGAUGUUGAUGAAGACGACCUUCCGAGAAAAUCGAAAUUCGCAAGGAAGUUAUCUUUCUCUGGACCUCUCCAACCUAACUUCACAAAAGCAGCUGAGAUUAACUUAAGUUCUGAAAGAUUACCCACGGAGAAAGAUUCAAGAAAAGUGUCCACUUCUUCUUCUUCUUUACGUGGCUAUGUUGAUAACUUCCCAGCAAAACGCCAACGGACUCUCCUGGAGGAAGUCUUAACACGGAGAUCUGCAGUUUCUACAACGGAUGAGGUUCCAUUUAGAGAAGAGAUAUCACAUUUUGGUGGAUCUCCACUAUCAAACGCAAUCCAUUCUCCAAAUCAAGUACAAGGUUCUCCUUGGACGAUCGAAUUUCUUAACAGAGUACGAGAAAGGAGCAGAGAAAGACAGCAGCAACAAUCUCUUCCUACUUAUCUCACUCCCUCUUGUUUGGAAACUCGUGGGAACCUAAAGAAAUCUAAUAAUAUCAAGAGGAAGAGCCCUUCGAUACUAGAGUUCUUCAAGUAUAAAGGAGGCAACGCUCGUAACAGAACUCCAGAAGAGAGAAAGCAGAAACGGUCAAAGAAUAAUUCUUCAGCCUCCCCACAAAAUGAGAGAUUUUACUCGCCUCUUAAGUCGUGGACACCAAUUGAUAAGCGAGCUAAACAGUCUCUAUCUUUCGCGGUGAAUGGAUCUGGAAGCCAAACUAAACUGGUCUGGAAGUAG